AUGCUCGAAAGUAGACAGCACUUAACGAUCUCAAACUUGGCAUAUAUUAUAUGCGUCGUUAUCAAUACAUUUGGUCACAUGUGCAUGUACUGUGCUGUUGGUGAAAUAUUAACAGCUCAGUGUGACAAAAUCCACUAUGCUGUGUAUUCCAAUGAAUGGUAUACUAUGAAUGCAAAAAAUACUCGGGACCUAGUUCUUCUAAUGUUACGAACCAGUAAACCUCUUCAUCUAAACUUUGGCAAACUAUUUCCUUUAACGAUGGCUACAUUUUGCAGUCUAUUAAAAACGUCAGCAGGCUACAUAUCUGUAUUACUUACAACAAGGAGUCAAUCAAAGUUUUAA